AGUAGUAGUAGUAGUAGUAGUGCAUAUGCAGAGAGUAAUAUAUGGGUGGUAUUGUGUACCUGGACAGCAUAUUAGUUCCUCUCAGCCUCUUCUUCACAAUAGGAUACCAUGCUUAUCUCUGGCACAACUUCCGCCACAAACCCUUUCUCACCUCCUUGGGCAUCAACACCUUCAAGAGGAGGACUUGGCUUCGACAGCUCAUUCACCACGCCGCGGAUGACAAAAAGGGUAUGUUAGCUGUCCAAAGCUUGAGAAACACCCUCAUGUACACUAUUCUUAUCGCCUCCAUCACUGUACUCAUCACCCUCGCCCUCGCUGCCCUCACCAACAACGCCUUCAACGCCAACCACCUCCUCACCACCACCGGCUUGUUCGGCUCUCAGUCGCCUCGCAUCAUGGUCCUCAAGUACGGCUCCGCUUCCAUAUUUCUGGUGACCAGCUUCUUUUGUAGCUCUAUGGCGGUGGGGUAUUUGGUGGACGCCAAUUUCUUGAUAAACGCCAUCGGGGAGUUCUCGCCGGCGGCGGGAGUGUACACGGAGGCGGUGGUGGAGAGAGGGUUCACACUGGCGGUGGUGGGGAACAGGGUGUUGUGUGUUGCUUUUCCUUUGAUGUUGUGGAUGUUUGGACCUAUGGCGGUGGCGCUGUCCUCUAUGGCGCUUGUGUUUGGACUCUAUCAACUUGACUUUGUUGCUACUUUCUCCUCCAGCCUGCACCACCUUUGAUAAUCAUCAAAUCCCUAAAUUCCACAUGCAAAAUGAAUAUUAAUGUUGGGUUGUAGGUAAUUGAGGAGCUAGCGGAACGAAGAAGGAUGGAUGGGGUGUGUGUAUGCGUGAUAUGGUUUGAAUGUUGAUCAUUUGCAAUAUAGAAUAUAUAUAGUUAGAAUGAGGUAGGUAGGACGGAGUUUUGGAGCACAAAGAAGAAGAAGAAUGAUGAGAGUCCCUCUUCUCAAACAAGUUGAUGUUGAUGAUAGUGAUGUAGCUGUUGAGUACUGCUGGCUCAUCAAAUUAAUAAUAGAGGUGGUGCUGGUGCUGUUACUAAACUUCUGACCCCAUCAAUCACUAAACAUGUGGCUCUCACUUUUUAAAUCUGGAUUGGAGUCUGGGAAUUAAAGAAAUCUUUAUUUUUA